AUGAGUAUCAAUUAUGCAAAAUUGGGAAAGCGUAAUCGAAGACUAUCUUUGAAUUCUGACCUCUUGUAAAUGCAUAAAUCUUCAUAAAAUGAUAAAACAUUCACUAAUUUAUUCUCUGUUUCACUUCAUUAAUCAAAAUAAACAAUUAACAAUAAGAAAAAGAAUAAGAAUAUCUCUGAAGUAGACUUGGAAACUCCAUUUGGAAAUCCAAAAAACAAAUUGGUUAACUCUAAACCAAAGAGAGAAAACACAAGAAAGAAAUUUUCAUUCGAAGAUACAAACAAAUUGAGUAAUUUUCUAAAUGCCAUUGAUGACUUUAUAAAACAAAUAGACGAGAGUUCAGAUUGUCAUACUACAACCUAUGAUUCCUAAAGCAGAUUAGAGAAUAUGUUAUUCCUUAAAUUUAAUAUUAUUCAAAAAAAGUAAGAACAAUUAAAGAAUAAAUACAAAAAUUUAGAACAACAUUAUGUAGUUGAAAAUUAUGAGAAUGGAACUCUUAAAAAUCAACUGUUCGAUUUGAAUAAUAAGCUGGAAGAAUUGAAGAAGAAAAAUUUUAUAUAACAAUUAAUUUUAGAAAAGUAAAAAUUAAAAAAUAAAGAGUUGAAAUUGAGAUAUCAAUAUUUAACAAAUUCGUAUCUAAGAGAAAAACUCAAGUGUGAAAAUCAAAAGUUAAAAAUACUGUAGAGCAGUAUGCCAAUCAAAGAAAGCUAUAUUGUAAUAAUGCUUAAUGAUAUUUAGAUUCAAGAUACAAAUUAAUCAAAUUAGAUUAUGGAUUAUUACAGUGUUAGAGAAUUUCUUAAGACUUAAAUUAGAAAGUUAAAAUAUAAUAAUAAAUAAAUUGAUGAUUAUUCUAAUCUUUAUAAAAAAUAUAGUGAUCAUAACAUUGAAAACUUUUGA